AUGCAGCGUCCUGGGAAGAGCAGUCUGAGUCGAGAGGAUCUCAAUGGCAGGGUUCUAGAGCGGACAAUCAAGGUAAAGAGCUCCGACCCAAGCUUCCCCUCACGUGGCUUACACUAUUGGGAGUCGGGCCAGAAGCGCAGACGAAAGACACUGACAGCAUGCAAUGUGUACGGCGAGCAACAAGAUCUUGUUGAUCACCAGUCCGAGACCUAG